UAUGAUAGAGAUAGAGGAUGAUUCUAGAAUGAGUGGUGAGGUGGUUGACGAGGACAGAAAGGUAGCUGCAUUUCAUUAACCUUUCCCUUUCCUCCUCCGAUUCCGAUACAGCCAUGGGUGGAGGCAAUGGCCAGAAGGCCAAGAUGGCUCGUGAGAAAAACAUGGACAAGAAUAAACCUCCUAAAGGAAGCCAGUUAGAGUCCAACAAGAAGGCCAUGAACAUCCAGUGCAAGGUGUGCAUGCAGACAUUCAUAUGUACCACAUCUGAGGUUAAGUGUCGGGAACAUGCUGAAGCCAAGCAUCCCAAGGCUCAUGUCUAUGCUUGCUUUCCACAUCUUAAAAACUGACUAUGCCUAUGUAUUCUACUUUGCGUUCGCCAACUCUACUUGGUUGAUGAAACUAUCUAUCAAAAAUUCCUUAAUGUGUUCACUACGAACUUGAUUUGGAAUUAUGAACUUGUGUGCUUACUGGGUGGGAUGGAAAAAGGAAUAUAUGUUGUGUAAUUGUCAAUGACACAAUUCUUUUUCAUUUUUUUCUAAUAAUAAUUUUUAAUUAUAUGACA